AUGGUGACCCCGCUCACAUGUCUGUAAACAACCCGGGUGAAGACAAGUCAGACAAGGUGAUACCGUCCGUUAAGUCCUCCCGUUUAAUGCAAAAAAAAUUUUCUAAGUCACCGGAGGAGAUCUUAGGACUUGUUAUGAGCUGCGGUCAUGGCCGUGCACGUGUCGUUCAGGCUCGUGCUUCGGCACAGACUGGUGACAGUUUGCCGACACAGAGACUUGCUGCACAAACUCAGAUUAUUUUCCACCGUUCGCGUGAACCUUAAUGAGAACGACGAGACUACACCGGACACCGGGUCGGGAUUUCGACGGGCUCUGUUGUCCAGGAGCAGGCGGCACCUGUCCCCCCUGGAGCGGGUCAGCAGCAUGCUGCCGCCGGACGCCCUGAGCCCGGAGGUGCUGCAGCUGAGGGAGCAGACCCGAUCGGAGGGUGGCGAUCCAGGGGAGACAGGGGAUCCGGAGGAUGACGUCCGGCCUGAUGCACCGGAGGAAACCCGGGUACCGCUCACCCUUCCCGGGGAAAGCCUGCUCGCCUUCGGAGAGCUGCUCGUCGCCGAGUAUCGCAAGAAGCGCGUGGAGUUCAGGAAGAUGUUCGAGCUGCAGCCCGGAGCUCGUCUGCACAGCAACUGGGGGGUCAUCCCGCACGAUCACGUGGCGGGUCAGCCCGCGGGUCGCUUUUUCGAGACCAACAGAGGGGUCUCCAUCUUCAUACGUCGGGCCAGUCUGGAGGACUACGUGCUCUAUAUGAAAAGAGGACCUGCCAUUGCCUACCCUAAAGAUUCUGCCGCGAUGCUGAUGAUGAUGGAUGUCAUGGAGGGAGACUGUGUGCUGGAGUCCGGCUCUGGAUCAGGGGCCAUGUCUCUGUUCCUGUCCAGAGCAGUUGGUUCUAAGGGCAGCGUGCUGAGCGUGGAGGUGAGAGAAGACCACCACAAGAGAUCCAUGUUGAACUACCAGCGCUGGAGGAAGUCGUGGAGUCGAAGACGAGGACAGGAGUGGCCCGACAACGUCCAGUUUCACAACGCUGACCUCCGCACGGCCUCAUCGCUCCUUGCUGGUCGGGGCUUUCAUGGGGUUGCUCUCGACAUGAUCAAUCCUCAUGUGGCUUUACCUACAGUCACCGCUCACCUGCACCCCGGAGCUGUGUGCGCCGUCUACCUCGCCAAUAUAACACAGGUAGUGGACCUGUUGGAAGGUCUUCGGUGGUCGACGCUCCCGCUGCUGUGUGAGCGUAUCAUCGAGGUUCCGAUCCGAGACUGGCUGGUGUCCCCCGCCCGGGAGAAGGACGGCCGGUACCGCGCCCGAGAGCCUCCGAUCCAGACGGAAAACUCCAAGCAUGAAGGGGAGGCAUCCGACGAGGCUGACAGAGAAGAAUUAACCACAGAGGACGAAUCUGACCCUCCGGCAUUUGGGACGAUUCCUUACGUCGCCAGACCUCAUCCUGAACAGAUGAUCCACACAGCAUUCCUGGUGAAGCUGAGGAAGUGUGAGCGGUAGCUCUACGAACGCCAAGGAUUAUUACAUGAAAGUCAACUCAAAUAAAUUAUUUAAGGUGUUUCUUAAUGAGAAAUCAGCAGUUUGUCCAGACAUCGACGCACAGGAGUUAUGAGAUGUGAAGUUAGGAGGAGAAUGUGUGCAGCACAAAGGUAACGAAACUGGGAAUCGGGAAGAAAUCUUCAACUUCAAGCUUGUAUUUCAAUCUCAUGAGGCAGCAUUGGGUUGUCAGACAGGCACUGGCUACCAAAACAAAAGACACAGUCAAGCACCAGUAUUCAACUAUUCUGAACAUGCGGAGAAAAACACAUUUCAUCACAAUUUAACAACGCAGAAACAAUUUAAAUAGACAGCAAACAACCAUACAGCGGUGUUUCAAAGUGGACAGGAGGGGGUUGACAGCAACCAAAGAGAUUGGGAUGUUUCCUUCAGUGUAACAGUGCUGCUGAAUCCCAGAGGUGAAGCAGAAAGAAGAGGAAGAGCCGUGAAGCAGCGUCGCUCUACUCCUCGCUGAUCCAGUCCAUGAAGAGGUCGUACGUGGGCCCGCAAAUAUUCCCUUCAGAUAAGAAGAGGACAGAAACAUGUUUCAUCAGUGUGACC